AUGGUCGGUGAGAAGAAGAGAACCGUGUAUAGAAAGAAGAGAAAAGGAAAACCGUUCUCUGGAAAGCAAAAGCAUGACAAAACUCCGAGCGUUUCAAGAGAAAACCAGCUGAGCACCUCCCAGGAAAAUUCGUCUAUAUCCUCCUCUGAGAUACCACGUGUUAGUGCAUCAAGAAGAAAAUUAAACCUCCCAGAGUCCAUUGAAACCCCCGAUCAGGUGAUGGAUUUUGAUAAGAAGGGCUAUCGUCUUAUAGAUAUCGCCAAAUUUUCCGAUUCACUAUCCGAAGCACAUGUGUGUGAUGAAG